AUUACGCUGUCGUCUCUUUCCGAAUAUACCCUUCCCGUUGCCCCGAGCGGCUAUUUUAGUGAAAGCCAAAAUGUUGAAACCUUUUCAGAUAAGAGAUCUUCAUCGAUCUUCAUCCCAAGACAGUCUCGCUGCAUCUCAAAGUCUUGAUCAUGCCGUGGUAGAAGACCGCAGUACCCUUGAGAGUCACCAUCAGGGCAUUGUCCAGUUGUCUGCUACAGAGUAUGAUGAGAUAACGACGAAUCAUCCUAGAGCCCGGCUUACAUACGUCGAUGAUGACGACGACGAGCUCAUCACAGUGGGGUCAUCUCUCGAGCUUUCCCAGCGUUUAGAAGAACCCGUUGAUACUUCUGCCAUUCCACAACCGACGCUGGAAUCGAUCGCCCCUGGGCCGAUGCAUAUAUUCGACAUUCGACGGUCUAACUCAGUGAAGAACCUAUGGAAGAAGUUUGAAUAUAAGCCUCACUUGGAAGACCAUCAGGAUAGGAAUGAGAUCGACACGGUUCCUGCAGCCGCGGAUGCUUCUCAAUCUAAUGCACAGGAGGAGCCUAACUCCAGUUGUGAGAAUCCUGGCCCCACUAUGACUGAUGUUCCAGAGCCGCUCUUGGCCGCAUUUGAGGCUGAGAUGGCCAGGAUUUUGAAUGCUACUACCACCGUGCGUGACGGCAACGCUCAACCAGAGCCUUCGGCCGAGACGCCAGCAAGAACAGAAUCCAAUGACCGACGUCAGCAUCCGGGCGAUGCCUUUAUACAUGCUCUGCACAAUCUGGUCGAGGGUGCUGAAAUGAUUGGUGCUGGUGUGAGAUCUAGGCUGCCGGAAUUCGAGCGGCAGUUACAGAAUGUUCAACGCACUCUUCCAGAACAUGUUGGGUCGUCGGUGCAAGUAGCCCUUGCAGCUUUGGAUAGUCAGGCGAGGCACCUGAUCCAAGCACUCAAUAACGCAUCGGCUGUGGGAGGACAAAGAGCCGGAUAUCUUUUUCAAACUGAACUACCUACCCCAGCCGCAACUAUAGAGGGACUUCGUAACAUGGCAUCCGAACUUGGCCACAUGGGAAACACAUUGUUUGAGGCCUUCGAAUCCGAGUUUAGAUGCAAUGUCUCAAGAACCCAAAAUCAGCGAGCCCCUGGAGAUUCACAGCCAACCGAGCCCACUGCUGGCGCCCGGCCUGAUAUCUCGACAACAUCACCCGAAGCUCAGCAAUCCACUCCAGCCGCAAAUUGCGAGAACGAGAAAGAACCUUUGGCAAUCGAGACACCAACUGCUCCAUCGACGGAGGUUGAAUCACCGGAAGUCUCAGUGCCCACGAAUCACAACGCCGAUCCUUCGAUGGCGUCACGCCAACAGCCAGGGUCUUCGUCGCCGACAUCUCCACCAAGCCCAGAUAUUCACACGCAGUUUCCUAGCUUAUGGAACAGACCACACCCCCUUCCUCACAGGCCUCAUCCCUCAUCCCGCAAUGUCCGACCUCCGUUCGCCACGCCAAACACGUUCUAUCCACCUCCGCCAUUCCCAGUGCCUCCUCCCGUGUUCUGGCCACACCAUGGUCCCCCUCCACCUCAUGGACAUCCUCACGGACCUCACCCUCCUCCUCCCCCUCCUCCUCAUCAUCAUCAUCAUCAUCACCAACAUCCCCCUCCGCCUCCUCCCCCACCACAUGGCUUCCUCUCCCAUUCUCCUCACCCACAUGCUCCACACCACGGGCCAUUUUAUCCCCCGACAAGUGUCCUGCCUGUACCUCCGCGACCACCUCGCCACCGGCAUAGAGACUGGCCUGCGUUCCACCAUAGGCAGAAUGGCAAUGGAGCACCGGCACCUGAAACAAUUCGCCAUUCUGAACACGACUUGCCCUCUUCGUUCACAGCUAGCUCUGCCGGAGCAUCACUUUUCAUUGGUAAUGUGGGAUUCGGUGUUCACGAAGCAAUGAUUCGCGAUGUUUUCGCUUCCAAGGGAUUCUUAGUUGAUGUACAUUUGCCGCUAGAUGCAGAGACAGGAAGGCACGCAGGCUUUGGCUACCUGCGCUUCCCUUCCAUCCACGCAGCAAAGGCGGCGUUGGACGCUUUGCAAGGUGCUCAUAUAGAUGGACACUCGAUCAAUCUGGAGAUCAGUGAUCACUCUCCGAUCACCACGCUGGACACAUCACAGGGCCGUGAAGAGCAUUCUAAUCAGCACAAGCGCCUUCGGAGCUUCAGUCUUCCUCUAUUGCCCCAACUAGAGUGGGGCAGACCGGACCUCUGCUCGAGCGAUAUCCGCCAAUCAGCUAGGGCGUCUUCUAGCGAAACCAGCUUGGUUGGCUCCUCACUUUUGGACUCGGAACGACUCAAUACUCUAUAUCCCUCGCUCUUGCCUGAAGGUUCUCCUCAACAACCUAUGGUAAGCAACAACACAUCUACGCAGCUCCCAGAUCUCAGUCGUGAGCCUGAAGAACGCCGUUUCCCACCGGUGUCACAGUUGGACGCACACUUUCUGGCUGAACAACGCGGCGGAGCAGAAUCGUCUAGUGAAGCUUCCACUUCCAGAACUAGAUCGACUCUCCAGAGGAGUGUCGGAGUUGACAGCCAUGACAGUUUGUAUGGGCCGACACCACCAAACCUACCCGGUGCAUUUCCCCAGGACCCUCAAGAUAGUUAUCAACCGCGCCCUUCGUCGCUAGAAACCGAUGCUGUGCAGCAGCAAAACAACAGCGAUCGUAUGUCUGCCUCAUGCUACCGCCGUCGCCCCAGGACUGUGAGAUCUUUCCAUCCGUCUCGAAGACAUUCGGGUCCGUGGGAUACCCUACGAGCUGAAGAGUCUCAUGAUAAUACCAGGCCCCUAAGGCGACGGGCUACUGAACGUAAUUCCCUCCGGGAUGGUAGGGAGAUGGGCCCGACGAAUACCUUCAAUCGGCGAUCAUACCGCAGUGAUGCCAUGCCCCGCCCAAGCACAUCUACGGCUGAGAGCGGUCCUGGAAGACAACGCAGCAUUGAUGACUGUGUGUCUGCUCUGGCUAGCUUGGGCUAUGGAAGCGCCGAGGAAGGCGGACUUCAGAGGAUCGCUGUGUAUGCGGCAGCAGUGGAUGGCAGGGUAUCAGAUGCUAUUGAGAUGAUUGAGGAAGAGCGGAAGGCUUACGAGCAACAAGGAUCAGUGAGGUGA